GCCUCGUUGCUGAAUCCAUCCUGUUUUCACCGCCUCUGGCACUAUAAAUCCAACGCCAACACCGCCACUACAAAGCCCAUCAGAUUCUCCGAUCUUCUACUGAGUGUUCUCCACCGAGCCAAAUGGCUUUCUGCUCAUCUGCUCCGUCCUUCUGCUGUAGCUUGAUCGGUGCCUAUCCGCGGACUGCCCCCUCGAAGUCUUCACCCCGUCGAUGCCUCCUACUGCCAAUCCGGUGUACUGUGCAGACUCCUCCUCCUCGGCGAUCGGCUAAUUACCAGCCAAGUUCGUGGAGUGACGAAUUCAUCCAAUCGCUAGGAAAUGACACCAAGGUGGAGGAGGAUAAAGCAACAAGGAUGGGAAAACUGACAGAGGACGUGAAACAACUGAUCUACAUGAAGAAGGGAAUUGAGGACCAGCUUCAACUGAUCGAUCACCUGCAGCAGCUUGGGGUGGCGUAUCACUUUAAGGAGGAUAUUAAGGAAGCUUUACGGACAAUAUACCGUUCCAUGGAAGAGGUGAACAUGUUGCUGAAGGAUAAUCUUCAUGCCACGGCUCUUAUGUUCAGGCUUCUCAGAGAUCAUGGGUUUGCUGUUUCUGAAGGUGUAUUCUACCGAUUUAUGGAUGAGGAGGGAAACUUGAAAGCCAGCCUUCGCCACCAGACUGAAGGAUUGGUGAGCUUGUACGAGGCUUCCCAUCUUGCAAAGGAAGGAGAGCACGUGCUGGAAGAAGCUACGAACUUCACAAGUAAACAGCUCAAGAGCCUCAUGGAGGGAUCACUUGAGCCUCAUCUCAGGGAGCACGUAGCCCAUGCCUUGGAGCUUCCAUUGAACUGGAGGAUGCCGAGGUUACAGACCAGGUGGUUCAUAGAAGCAUCCCAAUGGGAAGCGAAGAUGAACCCUGUCCUGCUUGAAUUGGCUAAGUUGGACUUCAACAGGGUUCAGAUCAUAAAUCAGAGGGAACUCAGAGAAGUGUCGAGAUGGUGGAGCAAUCUUGGGCUCGCGCAAAGGCUUCCAUUUUCCAGGGACAGGUUGAUGGAGAACUAUUUCUGGACGGUUGGCUGGGCUUUUGAGCCACAGUUUGCAAGAAUUAGGGAGGCGCAGACAAAAGCGAACUGCCUGAUAACAACAAUAGAUGAUGUGUAUGAUGUUUACGGCACCAUCGAUGAGCUCGAGCUUUUCACGGAUGCCGUCGAUAGAUGGGAUGUUAAUGCAAUCGACAAAUUGCCAGAGUACAUGAAGAUAUGUUUUCUAGCCCUCUUCAACUCUACAAAUGACACCGCGUACAAUGUUAUGAAAGAGAAGGGUCUGGAUAUAAUUCCACACCUAAAAAAAGCAUGGGCAGAUCUAUGCAAGGCAUACAUGGUGGAAGCAAGGUGGUACCACCAAGGCUACACACCCAAUCUUAAAGAGUACUUGGGGAACGCACUAGUAUCGAUAUCGGGUCCCCUAAUACUGACUCUUGCUUAUUGCACCAGUGACGAUUUAACUCAGGAGGCCUUGGAUGAUUUCCAAAGCUGCCCUGAGAUUGCAAGAUGGGCAUCCAUGGUUUUUCGACUUUGUGAUGAUUUGGGUACUUCCACGGACGAGCUUGAAAGAGGCGAUGUAUCUAAAUCUAUCCAGUGCUACAUGCAUGAGACCGGUGUAUCGGAGGACGCGGCUCGUGGGCAUAUCAGGGGAUUAAUCAAGGGGAAUUGGAGAGCAAUAAACGGAAAUCGAAGUUUCACUUCGCCUUUUGAGGAAAACCUGAAAAUGAUGGCCAUCAAUAUUGCUCGAAUGGCCCAAUGCAUAUACCAAUAUGGAGAUGGAUAUGGGAAACCUGAUGGAGUGAUCGAGGAUCGCAUAAGGUCUUUGUUGAUUGAACCUAUACUUAUGUAAUAAUGUAAUUAAGGAUAAUAUCGUGAGGCUAUAAGUCUCCUAGUGAUUUGUCCAAGUCUUUUGAUCAAGUUUCUUUAGGUGUGAUCACUCUUUUUAUUCUGUAAAAGGUGUUGAUGGUGUAAUUUUCAUUUGUUCGUUGUGAUAAUUGAUCUGUAUCAUCGUUUUAAAAGUAGAAAACUUUCUUUAUUAAACA